CGUGAGAUGAUAUCUAACUCAAGUAAUCACAAUCGUGAACCUCCUAUCUGUACGAUACCCAACCAGGCUUCUGUUCUUGUCCCAAGACACCGUGAUGUUCAAUGGAAAGCGGCACAACGAUGGUUAAUGGAGGGUUUAGGGUGGCAUAGCACCCUUCUCCACCACACGGUAUAAAAGCAGGAGUGGAACCGGAAGGUCUGGACCAGAAACAAAAUUAAGCAAGGGAAACCAGUCACCACUGACGGACUCAACUAGUAACAUCAUGCCGCAGCUCACUUGGCUCAUUAGGGGUUGGUCAAGCCGACUUGGGGAAGCUCUCCUUUGCAGCAUUCUUGCGAGAGGGGACAAAGUCGUCGCUACCACUCGUGGGAAUGUUUCCCGAAUAUCCGCUCUUGCUGAAGCAAGAGCAAAGACGUUUAGUCUUGAUGUCACGGCACCUCUGCCCGAGAUCAAUGCCGUGAUUCGGAAGGUGCUCGAGGACGGCCAAAUUGAUGUGCUCGUAAACAAACGCUGCCUACAUCGAAGCUGGCUUGGCCGAAGAAACCUGGUAAGCACCAUUCUACUUAGCUCAGUUGAGACAAACUGCUUCACAGUUGUUAAGAUGACGCAAGCAGUUCUCCCUCACUUCCGUGAGAAAAACUCGGGGACAGUUAUCUUUGUCGGCUCGUCCGGAGGUUACUGCGGCACGAAGCACGCACUCGAUGGAUGGUAUGACUGUUUGGAGCAAGAGGCCGCGCGCCUCAACAUUAAGAGCAUCAUUUCGAGCUCGGCUUUCUCCGUACGAAAGUGCUUCGCUUCCGAGAAUAUAAAGAACCAGUCCACCCCAAUUCCAGACUAUGAUCCUGUGCGCAAUGCCGUAGCAGAGUUCGUGCAGCACAUUAAUGGCAACCAGCGCGGAGAUCCGAAGGAAGCGGCGGAAGUCAUGAUUGAUGUGGUCAAGGGUGAGGGAAAGGCUGACGGUAAAGUAAUGCCUGAGCGGCUGCCCCUGGCGCCGGAUUGUCUGGCGACGAUAAGGAAGAAAUGCGUGAGAAACCUGGCAAUUUGCAAUGAGUGGGAGGAUGUCAUUCGCAGCACAGCAGAGGAGGUAGAAUGCAUUACCUAUGUAUCUGCAGUUAUCUGUCUACCACUGGUCAGUGAAUUUUACUGGAACAUUUCGUUCUCCCCUUUAUGGACUUAG